UGAUCAUUGAUUUUGACGUACUUCCUAUUGCGGCCACUGCAAUCAGUGAGGUAAAGCAGUUAGAGCACAAAGAUCGCUGCUGCCAUGGAGAUUGAAAUGAUCCUGGAAUGAAUUUCGGAACAGCAUUACAGUACUGUCAUUACAGUACUGACAGUGAGUUAUGGAACGCAGCCACAGAUCGAGAUAAAAAUCACAUCUCUAUGGUUGUGUGUUCACGAAAUCUGUAGGCUCGUUGCAUCGUUAAAUUUUAUCAAUCGGUGAUUAAUCGUUUCUACAUCGUUGUAUAGCGGAUGUGUUUCGUUCUCUUAAAAUAAUUUUCUAUUGUUUUAUAUUGUUUUGUGUUAUUACGCAUUUCCGCCUUUGCUUUUUAAUUCUGAUUUAGCUUCAUCAAUUUUUGAUUUUGUAUUCUUCAAAACACAUUGUGUUUUAUCGUGGCGUUUUGUGUUGGUCCCGAGAAAGGCAAGGCCAUUAUAAGGAGUAAUAGUAGUAAUAAUAAUCGUUAGAUUACCACAUAAUUGAGUGAAUAGUUACAUAACCAUCAAGCCAGUCGAUAUUAGCAAGAACCAGUCAAUGCUUUAUCUCAUGAGUUCAUGUGAUUCCCACAUCUCGAGUAGGCAAUCUAUUGAAUUAUUGAAUCCCAGAUAAAUCGUGACUCUUAAUAUUAAAUCAGAUAUAUCUUGAGACGAAGAUUUUGAUCCAUUUUGAUUCAUUUUGGUCCAUUUUGGUAUACCGAAAUUAUUCAAAAAGAAGAAGAUCUUGGGAAAAAAUAACAGGUGUUGCACUGAUCAGCGAACACAGUUGCACAGUUGAAGGAAGUGAAUCAGGGGUGUGAAUCAGCUGAUCAAUCAUGAACUCCACGAAGACACCGCGCAUCCUCUCGAUCCAGAGUCACGUAGUGUCAGGCUAUGUCGGCAACAAGAGUGCGACUUUCCCGUUGCAGUUGUUGGGCUUUGAAGUUGAUGCAAUUAAUUCUGUACAAUUGUCCAAUCAUACUGGUUACAAAAUGUUUAAAGGCCAAGUACUCAAUGAUAAAGAUCUAGAGGAUUUAGUUGAUGGUUUAGCACAAAAUGGCUUGGACAAUUAUACACACUUACUAACUGGAUAUAUCGGUUCUGCUUCUUUUCUAAAAAGAGUAGUCUUGUUAAUCACAACUUUGAAAGCCAAAAAUCCAAAUCUUACAUAUGUUUGUGAUCCUGUUAUGGGUGACGAUGGAAAGAUGUAUGUCCCACAAGCAUUGAAAGAAAUUUACAAAAAGGAGAUAAUACCAUUGGCGGACGUGGUGACUCCGAAUCAGUUUGAAAUAGAGUUACUUACAGAUGAAAAAAUCACUAAUAUGAACGAACUGCAAAAUGCGAUAAAAAAAUUACAUCAAGCUGGACCAAAAAUUGUAGCUAUUUCAUCAACUGAGCUUAAUGAUAAAUUAACAACAGUAGUGAGCACUGCAAAAGAUGCUACAUUAAUGAAAAUAGACAUUCCUAGAAUACCAGUGACUUUCACAGGUUCUGGAGAUCUCUUUGCCGCACUAUUUCUUGCUCAUAUAUAUUUGCAAAAUGAUAUGAAAACCACCAUGGAAAAAACCAUAAAUUCUCUAUAUAGCGUGUUACUCAACACGUACGAAUAUUCGAAAGUACAUACAGAUGCCAAAAUACAACCUGCUAGAAAAAUCGAAUUGCGACUCGUACAAAGUAAAAACAAUAUUGAAAAUCCAGAGAUUCGUCUGUUUGCGGAAUCUUUAUACAUAUAAAGAUUACAAAAAAUAAGAAAUAAAAAAAUAUUUAAAUAUUGUUUAUGG